CACAAAUCACAAGUGGACUGGACUCCCAAGAACCCUCAAGGAGUCUGUGAGUUGUAUAUCUGAUCCCAGAGUCCUGAAUCAGAGGUUCCAUCAGCCAAAUUUUCCUUCCCUAUGUUCUGGAGCAGAUAUGGAAGGCCAUCCCCUCUCAGGAGGGACCACCAUCCUGGGACUGCCCCCAACCAUGGCGUGGUCUCACAGCGAGAAGGCCCCAGCUCAAAUCCCACACCUCUGUGUGGAGCCUGCAUGCUCUCCCCAUUGACCCUCCCUGGACACUCCGGCUUCCCCCCACACAGUCCAAAAACAUGCUUCAUAGGUUGAUUGAUUACACCAAAUUGUCCCUACAUGUGAGUGAGUGGCUCUGCGACAGGAUGGUGUACCCCGCCUUCACCAGACAGUAUCAACACUGUGAGCCCCAAAAGGAAUUAAGCAGGUUAGAAAAAUGGAAUAAUUUAUAUUUGGAAAAUUAAAGAUGGUGCCCUUUUUCUGAGGUCAGAGGUCAAUGAAAUUUCAGUUGUGGCUGUAGACCUAAGCUGAUGGCACAUGUGAGAAAUUUUGUGACGAUCGCUUUUCCUAAAUUAGAGGAAAUGUUAAAAAAAAAAAAAAGAAAUAAUUGCCAAAUUUCUCACUCGCCAUAGGUCCUGUGGCCAUCCCAUAAUCAUUUCAAAACUUCUUUUGGAUAUCCCCAACACUUGUUUGAGUUUUGUUAGUGAAUUUUGAACUAUUUUUUUGUUUACUCCCAUGAAAAAGUUUUGGCCUCAUUCUUUUUUUUGGGGGGGGAUAUUUUGCCUGCUGUGAUGUCAUUGUUUUUGUUUUUUUCCACAGGCUUCUGUGUUUUUGCAAAUGUUCUGAGUUUCCACAUAUUUGUCUGUUCUGAAUCAUUCUGCCUCUGAACUUCUCUUUUGUUUCCUGUUGGGAGAUGUGAAAACCAAGGGAGGUGCUGCUCUGAGUGUCAGGGUGGGGCAGGGAGUUGAGCACAUUCCUUUCUUGCAGGGAAUGUAGAAAAAGACAAAAAGCAAAGCUUUCAAGCCGGACCUGUCCAACCUGCCGUCCACACGUCGGGCUCAUUCUGAGCAGAGGAGCCAAAGAGGAGCUUCUCUUCAUCUGACGCAGCAUGUCAGGACGACUGUCAUGUGUUUAACAGCCACUUUCCUCACAUGUCAGAGCGGGAACACAGAAUGUGGUGGUGGGGACCUGAGAGACAACACACAGAGUCCUGCAAACUUCAGAUGAAUCAGACACUUGGGUCUCUCAAGACGCUUCAACUCUGGUUGAGCUUGGCUCCAGCAGGUGUAAUGUGGUGGAUCUGCCAGCUGGAGGCGCUGCUUCACUCCUCUGCGUCCCAGGUGGAGGUGUGCUCCAGGCUGCUGUUGGUGUGUCUGCUGUGCGUGGUGCUGGCGGUCUCUUUGCGGGCCCUGAGGCACCGCCUGGGGCCCCGGCAGAGCCAGCAGGAAACAAAAUCCAAACAGCAUCAGGGAGCUGUUCAUUUAAGCAGGAAUAACCACAAUGUAUGGAUGGCCGAAAACAGAAUCCCAGAUCUCCAAGUUCCUGUUUCCGUCGCUCUGGCAGACUCUGUGCUCCUCUGUGUCCUUCAGGAGCCCCUCCAGGACCCCAGUGUGGCCAACAUCGAAGCUCUCCUCUCCAGGUUAGAGGCAGUGUCUCAGUCUCUGGAGAAGAUCGGCCUCGGAUCAGAAGCAAAACCAGAGAACGGAUGCGGCGCGCUGUCAAACAUAGUAAAGCUGACCUCCGACUACCUGCGGGACAGGAAUAGGAUUUUGCACGCUCUCAUCCAGGUGCAGGCAGGUUUUGAAGCCAGCGUGGAGGAUAUGCUGCAGGGCCUGGACGGCUUCUGGAAGCAGCUGGAGGAGCUGCAUGCGGGGGUCACGCUGUCCAAACGGGAAGGUCAAGGUCACAAGGACCUGGCUUCAGCCCAGACGGAGGCGGAGACUCUGUUUGCGGUUUUGAAUCACUACAGGGAAAAGCUUGGAUCAUGCGAGGUCCAGCUGAAGGAGAGCACGCAGCUGCUGCAGGAGCUGACCUGGAGCCACACUCACACCUGCAACAAGGUGAACAGCAGCAGCGAGUCCGUCUGGCCCGAGCUCCUGCUGCAGGUCAACAUGGAGCAGUUUGACAAAGUUCAGGAGAGCUUCACCUGCCUGGAGCAGCAGACCUCCACCUUUCAGGCCCACCUGGAGGGACUCGGGAAAGGACAUCAGGAGCUGCUCUCUGCUGCUGGUCCGAAUGCAGAGACUCGUCAGGACAGCGACGAGUCGCCGGAGCGCUCCGAUGCUGCAGGUUCAGGAAAGAGCUCCUCCCUGCUGCUGUGUGGAAAGUCCAGCCGGCACCUCUCCUCCCGUUUUGGACGACUGCGCAAAAUCUCAAAGAACAAGUGAUGCGAGUUUCUCUGUGCAGCCAGAAGAUUCUGCAGAUGUUGAUCAUCUGCUGGUUCCCUCAGACAUGGUUGCUCCUAUUUUCUGUUUUUUUUUUUUUGUGUUUUUUGAUGCUGAUCAGAUUUUUAAGGGAAUAUUGUUGCAAAGGCUGUACGGAGGGGCAGUGGUUUGUGCUCUCGCCUCUCGGUGAAAAGGCUGGUUCAAAUCCCCACUGUUUUUUCUCAGUGUGGAGUUUUGGCCCUGUCAGUCUGGCAACCUGUUUGGGGAUUAUCCCACCUCCACCAGACAGUAGCAGGGACAGGCUCCAGCAACUCUAUGACUCCAAAAAGGGAUUCAGCAGGUUCAGAAAAUUGCUGCAAACACAAGAAGUCGCUCUUCCCCCACUUUUGACCAAAGCCCAUCACUGGACAUGCCAGAGCUCAGAUUUGUGAGGGAAAAACUGAAACCAAACAUGACAAAAUUAUUUCUUGAUUUUAAAUACAAAAAUAGUCAGAAACGGUUUAGAUGAAUCAACUAUAUUUUUAAUGCAUAAGGUUGAACAAAACUCUGAUUUGUGAAGCGUUUGUUUGAGCGCGGCCUCUCAAAAAGGGUUUUUCCUCCCAUCUAUUCCCCCCGUCUGCAUCAGACUGAGUGCCGGCAGCUUCCUGAACCUUCAAAGCCUGGACUCUCCGCUCAGGGCAAAAUGGGGGGAGUGAAUGGUAAAGAGGGGUCACGGGAGGUCAACGCCGGAAGCCUUUCUGUUAUUGCUAAAAACUGAGCAGCCUUGCGGAGAGACGCAAAUGUCUUUGAACCCCUAUUCAAUCACCCGGCUGCAACACGUCAAAGGCUGAUUUCAGACCGUCCCUCAGGAAAGCUGGGAAUUGGGUUGGUACAGUAUUUGGGCCCCAUGUCUGUGUGACUGCGAGGAGGUGAUGGGGAGAGGUGGGGUCUGUGAGGAAUGCAGCUGCAGGAUCAGAACUGUCACAACAAAGACACGAGCACAGCGGGCCGGAGGGUUCUGGAGGAGAGUUAUGGCAAUGAGUCAUGCAAGGAAAACAGCAAACAUGGGAUCAGAUGACCUCUGCUUUCUGUGCACGAGCAGAUGAAAUUGUGUAGCUACAGCGAGACGCUAAUGGCUGGCUUCUUCAAGAGGUUCUCCCAAAGCAAGCUCAAGCGCGAGUUAUCUGAGAAAAUACAGUUAGUGGCAGAGGUCAAUCGCUCGCCUGAACCCGACAGUUACUAAGGAUCAGGUUUCAGGGGCAAACACGUACGCACGUUUGUGCUGAUCCGUCCUCUAACAACCGGAAUAACCCCACAAGGUUCUGAAACCAAACACCCUAGACAUCCUGCUGCAGAACCAGAAAUGAGUCCAGAGGAGUGUCAACCAGAUGAAACAUCCAGCACCAUCACACUCAGGAAGGGCCAACUCAAGAGAGAUGGAGCUGUGAAGACUGACAGGUGCUGAUUUACGCAGCAUGAGAGAGCAGAUGGUUUGGAUCCACUCUUAAAUGAAUGGAAAGGGAGUUUUUCCGCCGUGAAGCUGCACAUGUGCUGCAUCCACGCAAUGCGAUCGCUCUGCUGUAAGAGGCUGCAUGUGUGAAGCUCUCAUGAGUCGCUCAGACCUCAAAGACAAACGAAACCCCAUCAGAAUGACAUCAAAACGCCAGAUUUUUGCUCAAUAUCACUCAGGUGAGAAUCUUCUUUGUUUUGUUACCGAAUCAAAAACUGGACAAAAUUUUUGGUUGUUGCUGUAUUUGGGAGCUGACUGUGAAAUCACACAAGAGAACUUUUACUUUUAAGGAAUGACUGUUUUCUGCAGAAACCAACGACUGUACUGUAAAUAAAAUCUCAAAAUAUUUAUAAAAAAAAUUGGCCAAACGUUUGUUUAAAGCAGAAGGUUUCAAGAGCCACUCCAAUUAAAAAAAAUUGUUUUGAGCGAUUUAAACAUGUUUUUGUGGCACUUUCUGAUGAUCAAGCUCAAAAUUGCAUUUCUGAAGAAAUGCCCAAGAGAAGUGUCACCCACAAGCAUGGUAAACAUGGUAAACAUGGGCCGACCAGGCUACACAGCUGUUAAAAUUUUGGAGAGGCCCAGCACUCAAGGGCAAGGACCAGAACCAGCACGACAGGGACACGGACUCUUCCAGACUCAGAUGUGAUGUGAUUCUCAGCUCAUGGCCUAGCCAAAGAACUUGGAGAUCCCCCUCCCUGCAUGGAGAGAGGACCGCCGGGACAAGGAACCCAGCAUCCAAAGGACACAGCCACCGCCACUGGCGUCCCGGUUCCUCACACAAGACAUGGGAUAGGGGACAGAUGAUCAGUGGCUCCACCAUGGUUGUGUAACAAGUGUGUGUGUUUGUGUUGGAGUGUAUAAUGUGGUGGGGUAAGGGGUGUGUGCAAUCAAUUAACAUAAUUCCAAUGUUUUGGAGGCAAGCUGUACUGUCAAAUGUUGGAUAUCAGUGCAAAUCUGCUUUUCCCCAUUUCAGAAAACGCUGCAAACAUGUUAAUUGUGUAAAUAGUUGAAGAGUUACAGUAGUUUAAAGGGCAUCAACACUGAAUUAAAAAGGGUUUAAAGGCCCACAACACAAAUACAUUAAAAAGCAAACCUUAUAACAGAUGGAAAAUGUUUUGUCAAACAUGACGUUUAGCGGAUUAGUCCUUCUAGCUUGAUGCUUUUUUCUUCCUGGUCAAACACGUUGAUGAAAGUUCUCAUUCAUCAAGGUGACAUCUUAAAGUCGAGUCAUAGCAUCUGGACUUCUUGAAUUCUCGUGACUCUCCAACUGUUUACACAAAAACAUUAUUCCAACGGAAUCUGAAGUGGAGAAAAACAGCUUGGCGGCACAAAGUUCGGUACCAAAUCAGUGCAAAGCUGUCUGAAUCUGAACGUCAACACUGGUGCUAAGGCUUUGGGGUGAAAGGGUUAUAGUCGCCUUUCUCGAAAUGUUUCACCAAUCAUCCAAGUGGCUUCAUCAGUCUGACGCAUUGACUGUAUGGUAAACUGGACUGAGUUAUGUGACGUCACCCAUAGAAAAUUGUUUAACCAAAUAAAAGCAAUUCAGAUGCG